AUGGCUGUAAUUGAGAAUGAUGAAUUCGCCAUCAUUAUCUAUCUAUCUAUCUAUCUAUCUAUCUAUCUAUCUAUCUAUCUAUCUAUCUAUCUAUCUAAGGAAAAUGCGCUAGGGCUUUUGAAGGUUUAUGGUAUUAGCCUUUCAUUUUCUUAUUUCAAUUUUUCUUUGUUUUUAUCAUUAUUACACUUUUUCUCUUUCUUUCUUUCUUUCUUUCUUUCUUUCUUUCUUUCUUUCUUCUUCCCUACUCCUUUUUCUUCUUGUUCUCAUUCUUCUCCUCUUCCUUCUUCUUCUUUUCCUCCUCCUCCGCAUCUCCUUCUUCUUCUCCUCUUCUCCCCCCCUUCCCUUCAUCCUUCUCCCAAUCCUCCUCCUUCUUUUCCACCUUCUUCCUAUCUUCUCUUCACCCUCCUCCCCAUCAUUCUCUUCCUCCUCCGUUUUCUCAUCCUCUUUCUUCUUCUUCUUCUUCUUCUUAUUCUUCUUCUCCCCUUCCCUUCAUCCUCCUCCCAAUCCUCCUCCUUCUUUUCCACCUUAUUCCUAUUUUCUCUUCACCCUCCUCCCCAUCAUUCUCUUCACCCUCCUCCCCAUCAUUCUCUUCCUCCUCCGUUUUCUCAUCCUCUUUCUUCUUUUCCUUCUUCUUCUCCUUUUCUCCUCCCCUUCCCUUCAUCCUCCUCCCAAUCCUCCUCCUUCUUUUCCACCUUCUUUCUAUUUUCUCUUCAUCCUCCUCCCCAUCAUUCUCUUCACCCUCCUCCUCAUCAUUCUCUUCCUCCUCCGUUUUUUCAUCCUCUUUCUUCUUUUCCUUCUUCUCCUCUUCUCCUUCUCUUCCUUCUCUUCCUCUUCUUCCUCCUCCUUCUUCUUCUUCAAGAAUUGAGCCUACUGAUUCCUAUUCCCCCACCGUUGUUUUUCUUUUUAGUAUACUUAUUAUCAAUCACUACCAUUUCCAUCUUUCGUCAUCGUCAUCGCUGCUGUGGCAUGACGGCUCAGGCGUCGGAUGUAAUCUCGCUCUCACGGUUACAGCACUUGAAUCUCUUUUAUUUUUCGGCCUUUACGAUUCUUUCUUUCUUUCUUUCUUUCUUUCUUUCUUUCUUUCUUUCUUUCUUUCUUUCUUUCUUCUAUCCUCAAUUCUUUCUUUUUCUUCUUUCUUUCCACUUUUCCUUCAAUCUUUCUUUCCACUCUUCCUUCCUUCUUUCUUUCUUUCUUUCUUUCUUUCUUUCUUAUAUUGUCACCUGA